UCCGGUUCCGACAUGGGGACGCGCAGCUCCCACGUCGCCAUCAUCCCCGACGUGGAUGACAUCCGGCGGGACACUGGCUUCUCUCAGGCCAGCCUGCUCCGUCUCUACCACCGAUUUCGAGCCCUGGACAGGAACAAGAAAGGCUACCUGAGCCGCAUGGAUCUCCAGCAGAUCGGGGCGCUGGCGGUGAACCCCCUCGGGGAUCGCAUCAUCGACAGCUUCUUCCCCCACGGGAGCCAGUGCGUGGAUUUCCCGGGCUUUGUCAGGGUCCUCGCUCAUUUUCGCCCGAUAGAGAACGAGGACCCAGGAACCCGAGAUCCCAAGCAACCCGAGCCUCUCAACAGCAGGAUGAACAAACUACGGUUUGCCUUCCAGCUCUAUGACUUGGAUGGAGAUGGGAAGAUCUCCAGACAAGAGAUGUUACAGGUUCUUCGGCUGAUGGUUGGAGUCCAGGUGACAGAGGAACAAUUGGAGAGCAUCACAGACCGCACAGUACAGGAGGCCGAUGAAGACGGGGAUGGGGCUGUGUCCUUCCUGGAAUUCACUAAGUCCUUGGAGAAAAUGAACAUUGAACAAAAAAUGAGCAUCCGGAUCCUGAAGUGA